ACCACACUAUCAACACAGAGGCCGAGGAGGCAUAGUCACUAGUCGUUACUUAUGAAACAAACGGGAAAGAUUAUUGUAAUUUAAUCAGAUAAGGGAAUACUUGUACUAUUAGAGAUAUAACCGCAACGCCCAAUCCGCCCGCGUUCGAUUUCUGUUUUUUAACCUGGUAGUGUUUGUGUCCAGAAUAUGGCGACGGCAGACGAUGCCCGCUACUACAACGAACACGAUGACAGGGUCGGGGGCCCUCAGUUCCGCAGCCGGAAAGGGCGGGGCCCUUUCAGGGGGCGCAUGUACAGUGAGCAGCCCCUGCGGCAGCGACACCGCACGGGUCCUGGAGGGGGGGGGCCUGGGCCCCGGGCCCGGUUCGAGGAUGAAGAUGGCGAUGUGGCGAUGAACGAUGGGAACUCCCAGGAUGGAAGCACACAGCGCAGAUUUAACCCGUACGGGCGGCCAAAUCGAAGGGGGGAUGGGCGCUUUGACCGUGAAAGAAGAGGAGGUGGUGGUGGAGGCAGCCGGAUAGGAGGAGGAGGCGGCGGCCGCAAGAGCUGGUUCAAGAUGACGAUUCCCCAUGGAAAGAAAUACGACAAGAAAUGGUUGCUGACCGCCCUGCAGAACCUGUGCUCUGUGCCCUUCACUCCCAUACAGUAUCACACGGAGGGCAACCGGGUGCAGUUCUUCAUUGACGAUGGCACAACCGCCAAUGCCCUGAGCAAAGUGUCACGCAAGAUCACUGACCCAGAGGGCUACAAGGUGACUGUGCUGAUGAAUCCCUGUCCGCCCCCUGCCUUCGUUCAGUCCGAGCUGAAACCGGACGAUCUGGAUCAUCUAAAGCAAUGCAUGUCGAAGCGGUUUGAUGGCUCACAGCAAGCACUGGACUUGAACAGCAUCCGGACAGACCCAGACCUGGUGUCUCAGAACAUUGAAGUGAUUCUCAACAGGAAGAGCUGCAUGCAGGCUGUUGUCAGGAUCAUCGAGGAGAACAUCCCAGGGCUGACAUGCCUAAACUUGAGCAACAACAGGCUGUACAAGCUGGACGAUGUGGCUGAGCUGGUUACCAAGGUGCCCAACUUGAAGACCCUUAACCUGUCCCACAAUGAGCUGAAGACAGAGCGUGAGCUGGACAAGGUGAAAGGGUUCAAGCUGGUGGAGCUGUGGCUGGACCGCAACCCGCUGUGUGACUAUUUCAAGGACCAGGCCACCUACAUCAGCGCUGUCAGAGAACGGUUCCCGCGGUUACUCAAACUGGAUGGUCAUGACCUCCCUCCACCAAUUGGAUUUGAUGUGGAAGCGCCCACAACACUCCCUGCUUGCAAGGGCAGUUACUUUGUGUCAGAUGAGAUCAAAAGUCUCAUUCUGCGGUUCCUACAGCAAUAUUACAGUGUUUAUGACUCUGGGGACCGGCAGCCACUGUUAGAUGCCUACCAUGAUGGAGCCUCAUUCUCCCUCAGCAUACCUUUCUCUGGGCAGAAUCCCUCUAGGUGCAGUCUGGGCGAGUAUCACAAGGACAGCCGGAACGUCAAGAAGCUCAAAGACCCCACCACCCGGUUCCGCUUACUGAAACACACGCGCUUGAACGUGGUGGCCUUCCUCAAUGAGCUGCCUAAGACCCAACAUGACAUUGCUUGCUUCAAUAUCGACGUCAACACCUACACUAACACGUUACUGUCCUUCACAGUUAGUGGAGUGUUCAAAGAAGUUGACGGUAAAUCCCGAGAUUCUGUCAGAGCAUUUUCUCGGGUCUUUGUGGCUGUGCCCGCAGGGAACGCAGGCCUGUGUAUAGUGAACGAUGAGCUGUUUGUGCGGAACGCUACAACAGAGGAGAUCCGACGCGCCUUUGUGGCCCCCGCCCCCACCCCCUCCAGCAGCCCCGUGCCCACGCUCUCCUCGUCCCAGCAGGAGAUGCUCAGCGCCUUCUCCCUCAAGUCUGGCAUGAACCUGGAGUGGUCUCAGAAGUGUCUGCAGGACAACGAGUGGGAUUUCAACAGAGCUGCCCUCAUCUUCACACAGCUGAAGGCUCAAGGGAAAAUCCCAGAUGUUGCCUUCAUAAAGUGAAGACCGUAUAAGAAGAGCUGUAAAUUAGUGACCAGAUCUUUGCUGUGAAUAAAGUAAAAGCAACGUGUUUUAUAUGGAUUUUUUCCCCUUGUUUUUUGUUUGUUUUUCUGUUUUACAAAUUCAGAUCAGAGACAAACUGAAGACUCACUACAAGCGCAGAGCUUUAUUUGUUUUUGGAUGAAAUACUUGCAUAAUUAAUGUUUCUACAAUUA